GAGCCCAAUGCGGGGCUCGAACUCGCGAACCAUGAGAUCGUGCCCUGAACCGAAAUCAAGAGUCGGACGCUUCACUGACUGAGCUACCAGGCGCCCCUGUGGCUCCUCUCUGAACGCGGUCAGAGGAGCUGAGCCCAGGACACAUGUUCCCCGGGAGGUACUGGGCAGGUGCCCAGACCACCAGCUCCCCAGAGCCCCGCGUCCCUAGUUGCCUGGAGUCCAGCCAGAUUCUGUGUCCAGCCAGAUUCAGAGUCACAGCCGGUUCUGUGGGGUUCAGCAUUCAGCAGCCCGUCGGCUUCCUCGCUGAGAGGCCGGGGCGGCCGGGGCCCAGGGGGAGGAGGGCUCCCUGCGCCCGUCUGUCGUGGUAGUUUCCUGCGGCUGUGGUAACAAAGCCCCACAAACCGGGGGGGCUCCAAGUAGCAGGAAUUUGUUCUCUUGCCGUUCUGGGGGCCAGAAGUCCGAAUUCAGGUAGUGGCAGGGCUGUGCUCCCUUCGGGGCUCUUCUGGGGGCCGCUGGUGGUCAUGGGCUGUGGCCGCACCGCCCCGUCUCUGCCUCCGUGUUCACGUGACCUCUCCCCUGCCUGCGUCGGACCUCCCCUCCGCCUCCCUCUCAUAAGGACACUUGGGAUGGCGUACGGGGCCCGCCCAGAUCAUCCAGAAGCAUCUCCUGUCUCAGAAUCCUUAACGUAAGCCCGCCCGCAAAGACCCUGUUUCCAAAGGGGGUCGUUUCCAAGUUCUGCGGAUUAGGGCCUGACGUCUUUGGGGCCACCAUCAGCCCACGACGCCCUGCCAGGACCUGGGAGGGCGUCACUUCAAGAAGCACCACGGUAGGCUCAGGCAUUCCCUGAGCGCGGCCCCUGGACUAACGAGCUAUGCCCCUGGUGUCGCAAGCCCGGCGAGAUGUAUAGAGCAGGGGACGCGGUGCAGCGUCCGCUUCACGGGCCGGCGCCCCCUCGCCUGAGGAGUGUGGAGGUGGCCAGAGGACGGGCAGGGUACGGCUUCACGCUCUCUGGCCAGGCGCCGUGCGUGCUCAGCUGUGUCCUGAGAGGGAGCCCCGCGGACUUUGUGGGCCUCCGGGCCGGAGACCAGAUAUUUGCCGUCAACGAAAUCAACGUGAAGAAAGCGUCCCAUGAGGACGUGGUGAAAUUAAUCGGGAAAUGUUCUGGUGUCCUGCACAUGGUGAUUGGCGAGGGCCUCGGCCACGUGGAGUCCUGUUCCAGCGAUGAAGAGGUUGGAUUUUACGAAGGAAAAGGCUGGCUCAAGCCCAAACUCGAUUCGAAAGCGUUAGGUAUAAACAGAGCCGAGAGAGUCGUGGAAGAAAUGCAGUCUGGUGGGAUUUUCAAUAUGAUCUUUGAAAAUCCUAGUCUCCGUGCAAGCAGCUCCGAGCCCUUGAAAUUGAAACAAAGAUCCCUUUCGGAGUCAGCGGCCGCGCGAUUCGACCUUGGACGUGAGAGCGUAAAUCACCCGAAUCCCAACCUGCUUUCUAAGGAGGAAAUAUCAAAAGUUAUGAACGACGAUUCCGUUUUCAGUAUCGGCCCCGAGAAUCACGAAGAUUUUGCGUUAGAUGCGAGUAUCUUAAACGUGGCCAUGGUCGUGGGCUACUUGGGGUCCAUCGAACUUCCUUCCACGAGCUGCAACCUGGAGGCCGACAGCUUACAGGCCAUCCGUGGCUGCCUGCGGCGCCUGCGGGCGGAGCAGAAGAUCCACUCCCUGGUGACCAUGAGGGUCCUGCACGACCGCGUGCGGCUCUGCACCGACCAGGCUGCCGUCCUGGCCGAGUACCCGGCCGAGAAGCUGGCCUUCAGCGCCGUGUGCCCCGACGACCGGCGGCUCUUCGGGCUCGUGACCAUGCAGACGAGCGACGACGGGAGCCUGGCGCACGAGGACGAGGGCGCCUUGCGGACUUCCUGCCACGUGUUCAUGGUGGAUCCAGACCUGUUCAAUCACAGGAUCCACCAGGGCAUCGCUCGGCGGUUUGGGCUGGAGUGCACGGCCGACCCCGACACCGGCGGCUGCCUCGAGUUCCCCGCAUCCUGCCUGCCGGCCCUCCAGUUCAUCUCCGUCCUGUACAGAGACAUGGGCGAGCUGAUCGAGGGCGUGCGGGCCCGGGCCUUUGCCGACGGGGACGCGGACGCCCACCAGAACACCAGCACCAGCAGCAACAGCGACAGCGGCAUCGGCAACUUCCACCAGGAAGAAAGGAGCAGUCGAGUGCUGGUGGUCGACCUGGGUGCCGGCUCCAGCAGGCACGGCCCCGGCAGCGGCGGCGGCUGGGAGGGCGCGGGCGGGAGGGGCUCCCAGCCCCGGGGCGCCCCCUGGAGCGGGGCCUUCUGCCUCGACCCCGAGGGGGGCCCCCCGUUCGAGGCCGCCCUGCAGGCGGACAGGUGCCGGGACUUCGGUAAGCACCUAGGGCCCGCUGCUCAUGUGGAGCUGCCCCCGGCCUCCUCGCGGAGCUCGGUCCCCCCUUCCAAGAGGGGCGCCGCGGGCCAUGGCCAGCGGUGGCUUCCGGUCCACGUCCUGCAGGAGUGGCCGUGCGGACACGCCAGUGACCAGGAGUCGUACACGGACUCCACCGACGGGCGGUCCAGUGUGAACUGCGGCACGCUGCCCCCGCCCAUGAGCAAGAUUCCCGCGGACCGCUACCGGGUGGAGGGCAGCUUGGCACAGGCCCCGCUGAGCACCCAGAAGAGGGACUGGUCCAGGAAGGCUUUUGGGGUGCAGAACCUUUUCGGGCCCCAUCGACAAGUUAGAAAGACUAAGGAGGACAAAAAGGGCUCAAAGUUUGGGCGGGGAGUUGGACUCACUCAGACUUCUCAGCGCACUUCUGCUCGGAGAUCAUUUGGAAGAUCCAAGAGAUUUAGUAUCACUCGCUCCCUUGAUGACCUUGAGUCUGCAACUGUAUCUGAUGGUGAGCUGGCCGGCGCUGACCUGAAGGACCGCGCGAGCGACCACAGCCUCAGCAGCAAUGCCAGCCUCCCCAGCGUCCAGAGCUGCAGGCGCCUGCGCGAGAGGAGGGCCGCCAGCUGGGCCGUGUCGUUCGAGCGCCUUCUGCAGGACCCUCUUGGCGUCCGCUACUUCUCUGAUUUCCUAAGGAAGGAAUUCAGUGAAGAAAACAUUUUAUUCUGGCAGGCCUGUGAAUAUUUUAACCAUGUUCCUGCACACGACAAGAAGGAGCUCUCCUACAGGGCCCGCGAGAUCUUCAGCAAGUUCCUGUGCAGCAAAGCCACCACCCCCGUCAACAUCGACAGCCAGGCCCAGCUGGCGGAUGACAUUCUCAGUGCUCCGCACCCCGACAUGUUCAAGGAGCAGCAGCUCCAGAUCUUCAACCUGAUGAAGUUCGACAGCUACACGCGCUUCCUCAAGUCCCAGCUGUACCAAGAGUGCAUCCUGGCCGAGGUGGAAGGCCGCUCGCUCCCCGACGCACAGCAGGUGCCCGGCAGCCCGGCCUCCAAGGGCAGCGUCAGCUCGGAGCACUCCGGCGUGUCCACGCCCAAGAAGUUGAGUGGAAAAUCGAGAUCAGGAAGAUCCCUGAAUGAAGAGCUGGGGGACGAGGACAGUGAAAAGAAACGGAAGGGAGCGUUCUUUUCCUGGUCCAGGACCAGGAGCACCGGGCGGUCGCAGAAGAAGAAGGAGCACGGCGACCACGCAAACGAACCCCUGCACGCCAACGGAGGCCUGGGUCGCCGCGAGUCACAGGGCUCCGUGUCCUCCGCGGGGAGCCUGGACCUGUCGGAGGCCUGCAGGACCUCGGUGCCAGAGCGGGACAAGGCGGCCAGGCACUGCAGCGUCCAGCUCCCCGACGGGACGUCCUGCGUGGUGGCGGUCCAGGCGGGGCUGUCCAUCAAGGAGGUCCUGGCUGGGCUCUGUGAACGACACAGCCUCAACGGGGCGGCGGUGGACCUCUUCCUGGUGGGCGGGGACAAGCCUCUGGUGCUGCACCAAGACAGUAGCAUCCUGGAGUCUCGGGACCUGCGGCUGGAAAAGCGGACUUUGUUUCGGCUGGAUCUGGUCCCGAUCAACCGGUCAGUGGGACUCAAGGCCAAGCCCACCAAGCCCGUCACGGAAGUCCUGCGGCCCGUGGUGGCCAAGUACGGCCUGCACCUGAAUGAGCUGGUGGCCAGGCUGAGUGGAGAGAAGGAGCCCCUGGACCUCGGCGCCCCCAUAUCCAGUCUGGACGGGCAACGGGUCAUCUUGGAGGAGAGGGACCCCUCCAGAGGAAAAGAUAAACAGAAAAGUGCACCAGGCAAACAGAACGUAGCUGUAAAUUCCAGUUCCAGAAAUCACUCGGCUACGGGAGAGGAGAGAACACUAGGCAAGUCUAAUUCUAUUAAAAUAAAAGGAGAAAAUGGAAAAAAUGCUAGGGAUCCCCGGCUUUCAAAGAGAGAAGAAUCUAUUGCAAAGAUUGGGAAAAAAAAAUAUCAGAAAAUUAAUUUGGACGAAGCAGAGGAGUUUUUUGAGCUCAUUUCCAAAGCUCAGAGCAACAGAGCAGACGACCAGCGCGGGCUGCUAAGGAAGGAGGACCUGGUUCUGCCCGAGUUCCUGCGUCUGCCCCCCGGCCCCUUGGAGCUGGCCCUCCCCCCGCCCGCCGCGGCUAAGGGCCUCGGCAAGAGAAGCUUCACCAGCAACGGCGAGGAAAAGGCUCCCCGGGCCCAGGAGCCGUGGGGGCCCGUCCAAGACUGCCACGAGAGCCCGGGGACGAGCCCCAGCUCGGCCGAAAGCCCACCUUUCAGUUCCCCCCAGACCCCCACGCCCCACGCCCAGGAAGCCGAGGCCGGGGGCGUCCAGACCAUGGAGGGCGAGCAUGUGGCCGACCUGACGCUCACGGGGGAGGGGGACAUCAGCAGCCCCAACAGCACUUUAUUGCCGCCAACCCCCACCCCGCAGGACUCGGCCGGACCUCCGAGACCAGGAGGCGGAGCGAGAGGCAGCCAGGGCCUCCCAGUCAACACCAUCAUCGACGUGGACCGCGUUGCUGGCUUGGCACCUGGGCCAGGCAGCAGCAUCCCCAGGGUGCGGACGGGCCCCCAGAGGUCACGGGCCAGUGGGCCCCUGACCUCGGACCUCCGUAGCCUGAGCCCCGUCCCAGGUGGGCCUGCCAAGCCCAAGGCCGGCCCACACCACGCGACCUUCGUCUGAGGCUGCCCCGAGGCCCGACCCCGCGCCUGAGCUUCCCCACCUGGACACGUGUGCAGAGGCCCAUGAUCUCGUGGGGACAGCCCCAUAUCAUCUUGAGGGCCUUGGAGGGGCCACCUUGGCCGCCACACCUUCGGGAGCCAAACCAGGAGAGGGCAGGGGGGCCCGGCCUCGGAUGCUGGCCACAGCUGGCUCAGUGGGUUCCUCGGACCCUGUCCCCUGCUGCCCCUUGGCUCCGGCCUUCCCUCAAUAAAUCAACUUUGGGGA